UAAUGGGGAAUAUUAAAUCAAGUUCUCGCGAUCCGAUCAACACAAUGAGCCGACCGUUGUAAAUUACAUUUAGAACGUUCUUAAAACCACCAGCUAACACAGAUGGAUAGCUACUUCCAGUCUCGACUCGUAGAGGAUGAGGACCCCACCCUCGGACCUGACCGACGCUACUACCACCUGGGGACGUCCAUGACGGACUUCGGCGUGCGCCCAACCCCUGGGCCCUAUUCUGUCAAUGGUCUCCUUGCCCCGUCACAGCCUACCAACAAUCACCACCCCAACACUCCACCCAGGGAAAACACCAUCCAUCCAAGCCAUCCGACUAAUGGUUUCGACGAUAGAUAUUUAGGUUUCACUCCAAACUCAAGUUCCUCCUCCUCGGCCAAAGAAGACAACGAACCAAGGCUUAAUAACUUCGAUAUAUUCAACCCAGAGUCUAAAGUCAAUUUUGAUGCGAGCACUGUUCAUGGACAAGCUAGACGCAAACAACGACGCUACCGCACUACUUUCACCAGUUUCCAACUUGAGGAACUUGAAAAGGCUUUCCAAAGGACACAUUACCCGGAUGUAUUCUUCCGCGAAGAGCUAGCACUGAAAAUAGACCUGACAGAAGCGCGUGUUCAGGUGUGGUUCCAGAACAGACGAGCUAAAUGGCGGAAACAGCAGAAACAGCAGGGCAAGGAGCCAGAGUCAUCACAAGUGCUUCCACCAAAUUCCAAGAUCCACCGGAACUGUCCGUCCAAUGGCCUCCAAAACACCAGCGUCCCCCCAAUCACUGGAGUUCCUCUUCCCAGCAUGUAUUUCCAUGGCAACCUGAGUGUUGAUUGGACUCCCCCCUUCAGUACAUCAGUCAGCCAAACAUCAUUGUCAUCUUUCUUCGCCAACGCCGGAAAGUGCCCCAGUAGACCCGUGCAAUCGGAUGGACGGGAGUUUACUGGACACGACACACUGAACCACAAUGGAGUGCAUCUGGACAGUGGCAAGUGUAUGGGCGAGGCCAAUCCUAGGUCCUCAAGCAUCGAACAGCUUCGCCUGAAGGCCAAGGAACAUUCCCAGGCUCUUGCUAUUGCCCAGUGAAGAUUCCGUCAAAGCACCCUGUACCGUUCUCUGUGUACAUGGGUUGUCUAUAAAUCUAUAUAAAAUAAUUUGCUAUAUGGCCAAAAGCAAACAUUCAGUUGACGUAUACGUACCUCGCCUCAUAUAUUAGCUCUACCAGUUGUCUCUAACUUGUUAACUUAUGACACCAACGCGAUAGUUACUCAUAAACACAUGCUUAAGAUGUGGUCUGAAUCGUACAAAGGUUUUAAUUUGCUAAUGGAAAGGGUUUUGUCGCUUUUAUUUACGUAAUGUCUUUCGGCAUGAUACCUCACAUAUUUAGCUUUACUCCAUUCAUAAUCUGAAACGUGCAUGCUACAUUUACCCACGUGUAGUAAGUGAUGUGAUAUAUGCUAAAUGCGGGUCUAGGCUAGAGUAAACUAGCAGUCCCAGUACAUUUGAUUUAAGUUUGACUGCUGGUUCAAUUUC